AAAGUUUAGAUACUGAGUGUGAGGGCAGCUUUCACAAAGUCCCAUCCCGUGAGGGAGGAAGAAGACAGACAGGGGUGGUAUAUUUAUUUAUUCAAGGGUUUUUUACUCUCAGACAGCCUUCCAGUAGAAUCGAUUUUUUUUUCUCUGAUGUGGAUUACUUGGAACUAACUCGCCUGGAUUUAAAGGAUAUUGUGUUUCUGCUGAAAGCUAUGGUGGCUUACGAUAAAGGGGGUAGCUUGGUGCCUAUCAAACGGACUCUGCAAGUGAUAGACUACCAGAAUCAAUCCAACAAAGAGUCAGAGGAACCCAGCAACAAACGUGUCCGUCCUAUCAGCAGGGUGACGUCGUUAGCCAGCCUCAUCUCUCCGGUGAAAAAUGGGGCCGUCCGGCGCUUCGGCCAAACCAUCCAGGCCUCCUUCCGAGGUGAUGGCAAGUCGCCGGUUGUGUCCCAGAAGCCUUGCAGCAAGGCAACGGCCCCAACACCGCCCAAAAGGAGGAACAGCGUCCUGUGGUCGGAGACGUUAGACAUCCACCAGAAGGGAACUUUCUCCACCAAGGAGAUCAAGCGGCAGGAGGCCAUAUUUGAGCUGUCUCGUGGAGAACAGGAUCUGAUUGAGGACCUCCAGCUCGCACGCAAGGCGUACCAUGACCCGAUGCUGAAGCUCUCCAUCAUGUCUGAGGAGGAGCUCACUCACAUCUUCGGGAAUCUUGAUGCCUACAUUCCUCUACACGAGGACCUGCUGGCCCAGCUCUCCAAAGCCACAGGGCCAGACGGGACUGUGGGCCAGAUCGGGCAGAUUGUUGUAAACUGGCUGCCCAGGCUCAAUGCAUACAAGGACUACUGCAGCAACCAGCUGGCAGCCAAGGCACUGCUGGACCAGAAGAAGCAGGACCGGCGGGUGCAGGACUUCCUGCAGCGCUGCCUUGAGUCACCCUUCAGCCGGAAGCUGGACCUGUGGAGCUUCUUGGACAUCCCGCGCUCUCGUCUGGUCAAGUACCCGCUGCUGCUCAAGGAGGUCCUGAAACAUACUCCACCAGAACACCCUGAUACUCCCAGCCUGGAGAAAGCAAUCACCAUCAUGCAAAGCGUUCUGUCCGACAUCAACAUGAAAAAGGGAGAGUCCGAGUGCCAGUUCUACAUUGAUAAGCUGGAGUAUCUGGACGACAGGCAGAAGGACCCUCGCAUCGAGCAAUGCAAGAGCCUGUUGUGUCACGGGGAGCUGCGCAACAAGAGCGGCACGAAGCUGCAUGUGUUCUUGUUCACUGAAUUCCUGGUCCUGACCCGGCCCGUCACCAGAAACGAGCGCCAGUGUUUCCAGGUUUACAGACAGCCCAUCGCAGUGGAGGACCUGGUUUUAGAGGACCUGCAGGACGGAGACGUCCGAAUGGGCGGCUCCUUCAGAGGAGCCUUCAGCAAUUCAGACAAAGCUAAGAACAUCUUCCGAGUGCGCUCACAAGACCCGAGUCAGGCGCAGUCCCACACGCUGCAGGUCAACGACAUCUUCCACAAGCAGCAGUGGCUCAACUGCCUCCGCAGCGCCAUUUCUGUCUACCGGCCCCUCAGCGAGCCCUCCACCCCGAGCCCCACCACAAGUGAAGCCCGUUCCAAGCGCCGCCCUUCCUCCGUCUCCACCAUCAUCCACAUGGAGGAAGCAGACGAGAACUGCCCACAGACACCCUCUCAGUCAGCACCCAGCUCACCGUGCAGCAGCACGACCUCCACCCCCACCACCGCGUCCCCUUCAUCCCGCUCCUCGUCCCCAUCAUCAUCAUCAUCGUCGUCCUCAUCGCCACUCUCUUCGCCCACAACACAUAAAACCAAAAAGGACAAGAAGCCCCUAUGUUCUUUAGGGAAGAGAAAAGAGACGAUGGUGUGAGGAGCACUGAAUGAGGAGAAAACGGACUCCAUGGUGGACAUUUUGGUGUUUGUACAUAAAACAACGCAGAGAGGCGUGGGACUUGUAUUUAUGUGUGUCUGCGUGCGUGCGUAUUAUUACAACAGUGUUCUGUGUUACUGUCCUCUUUGGCAGCUAUUUACCUUACCCCUCCAUCCAAGUGCACCCCGCAGUGAUGCAGUGCUCUGGAGAGGCAAGCGCGGCUUCCGCAGGCUCUAAAAGGGAAGCACAACAGAAAACAGACUCGGUUUCACACGUGUCACAAGUUUGUUGAUGUCUUGAAGAAGGAGCUGGUGCAUCAAAGCCUGUUUACUAUUAAUAAGAUAUUUAAGCAUUAUUGUAGACCUAUUUUGCGGGGGUGAUGAAAGUUUUACAUUUUUAUAUUUUAAAAUCUAUUGUAGUAUUUUUUAGGUAUCUUAAAACAGCACUGUUUUAGCUUUUAGAACAAGUUAUUUGGAAUUUUGAGCAUGUGUAGGAGUAGAGACAAAACAAGAGAUCCCCCCAAAAAGGUGAUAUGUACCACACAAAGCUACAAAUUUCUCUGUAAAAGUCUGAUUUUUAGAUUGAUCAGAAGAAAUGUCUUAUUUUUAUACAUUCCUUCAAUGACAGAUGUCAGAACCUGGACACUAUUUUAUUUUAUUUACUAAAGAGGCAUUAAUUUAAACACAUCCUGAACAGAUGAGACUGUCAGCUACACUCGCUACAAAGCGAACCAAUAUACCAAACCAUCGGACGUUGACAUCACAUCAUAGAAGAGAUGAUGAAUUUUGUUUCAAUACAAAUUUUUGAACUGAGCCACGUUGGUUUGAGAAAGCUGACUUUCAGAAUGAAACGGACCGUUUUUCAGCGUAGCAUCUUGCAUGGAGCUUUAGUUGUGGACGCUGCUCGCACCAGUAGAGACAACAGGAUGUGUAUGCCUUGUCUGAAGGACGGGACAGUGGAAUGUGUGGGAGACUAGUUGGUAAUGAGAGAAUGUUGUUGAAAGCUGAAGAGGAAAGAGACUAGAAGGAGAAAAGAGUGUUUUGGAACAGAAACAGAUUGGAUGUGCUAGAUGUAUAACUCCAUCAGCCGCUCAGGUUGAUGUGAUAUCUUGCUCAUAGCUGGACGAUGGAUUGUAUUAAUCGAUGGAAAAAGUAUGUAGGGGAAGGAAGAUGAAGAAGGUAUUUGCAAGUGUGUACCAUAUGUUAAUGGUUGCUGAGAUGGAAACAAUGUGAAUGGUUGCUGAGAUGGAAACAAAAGAGAAUGGGACGCUAACCUUAUGUAAAUGAAAAGAACAAUAAAGAUCUGUGUAAGAUAUGAAACUGAA